AGGCCCUUAGCGAUAGGGGGAAAGAAGAGUGGGAAUGCGGGCUUCUUUCGCUUGACUAUUUAGCUUAAGUCUCUUUAUUUAUUUACAUUAAGGUGAGGUCAUCUUCUUCCAUUUGACCGAAGAGAAGAAAAUGGGAAGAUACGUGUUUGUUGGUUUUGGGGGAGAAAUUGACUGUUUGUGAAUAGUGAUGAGAGCAAAAUCUGAGUAGUUGGAAGAGUAAGGAGAAAGACAAUCACAUAAUAGUAAAGAAAGAAAAUGGGGAGUUCGAAGACAAUCACUGGGGUUACCCACAAUUCCAAUAGCAAUAGCAUUAGCAGCACUCACACUGAAACAGAAACUGAUUCCGCUGCUCCCUACGCCGAAGGAGAGAAGGUCCUCGCCUAUCACAAUACUUGUCUUUAUGAAGCCAAGGUUAAUCAAGUUCAGUACAGGGAUGAUGGAUGGUGGUUCUUUGUUCAUUAUCCUGGUUGGAAGAAAAGGUGGGAUGAAUGGGUUGUUAUUGAUCGUUUGAUGAAAUACACGGAGGAAAAUAUGUGCAAAAAGCUUGCCCUUGAUGAGAAAUAUGGCAAUGACAAGAAUACUAAGAUUUCCAACGUGACAAGAGGCAGGAAACGAAAGAAUGAAUCUCUGAUUAAGGGAGAGCUUACUGUUCAUUCUGGCAAGCUUGUCAACAUUCAGAUUCCAACAACUUUAAAGAAGCAAUUAGUUGAUGAUUGUGAGUUUAUUACACAUCUGGGCAAGCUCAUUAAACUUCCUCGUACUCCUAAUGUGAAGGAUAUAUUGAAGAACUAUUUUGAUCACCUAUUCCAGAAAUGUGGCCUGGUAACUGAUUCAGUUGAAGAAAUUAUGAAAGGAUUGUGUUGUUACUUUGACAAAGCACUGCCGGUUAUGCUCUUGUACAAGAAUGAGCGUCAACAGUACCAAGAAGCUUGUCCGAAUAAUGUCUUUCCUUCUGCUAUAUAUGGUGCUGAGCAUUUGUUACGUCUUUUCGUUAAGUUGCCCGAGUUAUUGUUUCAUGCUAGCCUGGAAGAGGAGACAUUGAAAGAACUUCAGUCACAAUUUCAUUAUUUUCUCAGGUUCUUGCAGAAAAAUCAGAGCAUAUUUUUCCUUUCUACCUAUCAUGUCCCAGAAGAAGAGAAUAGCACCAACAAACAAGGUGACUAGGCUUGGGGACUACAAAGCAAUUGAUUUUGCAUUGUACAUAAUACCAAAGAGCCGUGCCGAUAUAGAAUGUUUGUCAUAAUUGCAGUUUACUUACAGAUGAAAAUGUUGUGAAUUUAUAUUUGUUGAGUGUUACCCGUAGUCUUGGGAACCCUAUGCAGAGAGAUCAUAUCUAUGAAUGAAAUAUGCUAU